CAGGAAAUCAACCCGCGCUCCCUGUUUAAGUGGCAACCAGAGAAAACGUUUCGGUUUUUCAAAAAGGACCCUCCAUUUUGGUGUAUUCAACCCGCAAUCCUGGCUCUGAGAAAACAUUGCAAAAAAGACUCGUGCAUAACGAGCGACUGGGGGCGGCGGCUGCUCGAUGCGGAACGACGCAGGCGUCUGGGGGCGGCGGCUGCUCGAUGCGGAUCGACGCCGGAGGCUGGAGCUUGCAGGGGCCGGAUCCGUGUGCGGCAGAGGCUGGGGAGGCCGAUUCGGAGGCGGGCAGCGAGGCAAGGGUCGCCGGUGAUGAUGAGGGAGGCCGAUUCGGAGGCGGGCGGCGAGGUAGAGGUCGCCGGUGAUGAGAGGGAGGCCGGAGCGUGGUUUCCCUGGCAGAUCUAUGGCAUCCGCGGCUCCUGGGCAGAAAGAAGAAUGGAGAUGAGGGAGAGAAGAAGGAAGAAAGGAGGGGAGGUGCGGUGUCUGUUUCCCAGAUCCGGCUCGCCCAGGCUCGAGUGCCGCGGCCGCCACCACCACCACCCGACCCCGAGCUCCUUCUCCCGUGCGGUUCCUCCCCGGCCUCCCUGCCGCCGCCCAACCUCCACCAGCCGCGCCUCCCACCACAUCCCACCGGCAGCCCAGAAACGUCGCGCCGCCUGCCGCCCCUACCUAGUAGCACGACCCCGACUACUUCCACCACCCGUGUUGUUGCGCUCCUCCCGCGUAUGGCCACCAGCGUUAGAUCCAACCACCGCAGAGACCUGCAUCGCCAACCACCGCCUACAGCGCUGGAUCCGGUCGUCCCCGACCAUCUACCACCUUCUUCUACCUUGAGCGGUAGGAGAGACCCCCCCCCUCUCUUUGUAGUUCGGCGCUGGAAGCCAGGCUCAUGGACCACGCCGCCGUGACCGGAUGGGCCGUUCUCCUCCUCCCUUCUUCCUCACAUGCGAGCAUGCGCAACUCACAUGUCGCUCACUUCUCUGUUGAGGAGAGAAGGAAAAAGAAUCUCAUCUCCAAAGUGUUCAGUGCAGAGAAGAUGAACCAUGCAAAAACUCAAGGUGGAUCAUGGUGGCUUCACUACUGGCGGAACGGCAGAGGGUUUGGCUGCUACCAGGGUGAUUCAAAGGGAGUAUAUAGGUUAGACGAGCCGCUGACAAAGACAGGCCUCUAUUCUAAAUUUUUACUUGCAAAGAUGGACCAUCAGCUACAUAAUAUGUUGGCUAAACUCUCACAGGUUUGGAGUCGACCAAGGAAGUCACAGUUUAAGAGCUCGAGGAGGAGGGGCGUGUGGAGGUUCCCGCCGCCAGUGGCUGCACUGCUGGUCUUCGUCGCUUGCUCCUGUCAGAUCCAGCAUGACCUACCCUAUCGGUUCUCCGUCGCUUCACUCUGCUUCAUGUGCAUAUGUGCAGAGAAGAUGACGACCCCGCCCCUGUUCUUCGCCAGCCACACUCUCCCUUAUGCGGAACGAUUUUAUUGCUCGAGUAAGAUAUGUAUUUACCAAAGAACAUGAGAAGGGCAAGUUUUUAUACAUUGGAACUUUCAUUACCCCCAGUAUUUUAGUCCUUUUCCUUGCAUCUUGCUCCCAGGAAUCCUUGAGUGUAUAGGUUCUCUCCAUUGAAACCGUUUAGGUAGAAUAUACUUAUGGUGGUAUAGUUGUUUUACCAGUAUUAUAAUUCAGCUGUGCAAAAUUUAAUUGCGGCUGUAAGGAUUCAGGUUUGUCUCACGGUAAACCUUAUCAGUUAGACCUGGUAAAAGUUGAAUACUGCAUCCAUUUAUAUUAUAUUCUGCUGAAUAAUAUAUCAAAUUAUUCGUCUCUUUUACGGCGGUUUGCUAACUUAUUUUGCAUAGCAUUUCUAACAGCAUCAAAUGUGUUCUUCGAUGAAUCCUAAACAGAUAUAGACGUACAUCUUUGAUUAGGCCGCCUAAUUAGUUUACUUUAUCUAAUAGAUUGAAAGUUUUUUGGUUUCUAUUUAUGGUGAAACAAAUGGGUUCCUCACAAUUUAGUUGAUGGUAAAGAGUUAGUGAAGCCGACAUUCCAAAUUACUUUACUAGAUUAAUCGUAUUGCACUUACCUUUCAUAGAAUAUGAAUAUUUACUUUGUUUUUCAUAUCACAUCUUUAAGAUAUUUAGUUGAAUCUGCUUCUAUUGGCACCCAAAAGUUUAUCAAACUAUUUUACUUUUCCUUUAUGCAGCAUUGAUUUACAAAAAAUACUCAACCUUAUUUCUGACGUUUACAAAAUUAUAUUAAAAAAUAUUGCAUAGUGGCACUGGAGCAGGUUAUAUUUCAUUUUUUGCCCGGUGCAAUGCACGGGCAUUUGUACUAGUAAUAAUAAAGCACGGAUUGACUCCGUGGGUUCACCGUCACAAUACGCUUUCUUCUCGUGUCAUAAUACGCUUUUAUGAUUUGUAUAGACAAAAUUGUAAUAUAAACGAGGUGGUACUAAUUUGGGGGUCGUCAUCUACAUUCCGUUCCGUCAACUGUCUACAUAUAGAAAUAAAAGGCUGAUUGGUCUACGACUAUCGAUGUUUUCCAUCCAAACAGGCCGCCUCUAAAUUCUCUACGCGGUAACCGUAGAAGUUGCUCGUGUAGGAUAUCUGCCGCCUCGCCCAGCUCUUGCUUGCCUCGGCUCGCAGGGACGGAUCACAGUACGAUGGCCGUUCCCUCGUACAACACCCGCGACGACGGCGCCGUGGACGGCUUGGCGCGCGAUGACGGGGAGCCCUCCUAUAUGGCGACCUGGAGGAGCGCCCUGAGGCUGAGAUCCUCCUCCCUGUCGGCGCCUCCGCGGCCGCGUGUCUAUCGCGGGCUCGCCCCCUCCAUGAUCAAAUCAUGUGCACUCAAUUACUAUUGUCUCGCGCCGUCCGCGUCCCGGGCAACUCACGCGGCAGCACGAUCCACUUCUUUUCGGCCCCUACCCCACCCGCCUUCCCAGGGCGCAGUGGUGGUCUUGCGUGGAGAGGGGAGUGGUGGCUGCAGUCUCGCUCAACAGCCGGAGGCACAGAGCACCAAGGCGUCGAGGAGGUGUGAUGGCAGGCAAGGGGCUGGCCGCGUCCAUGAGAAGGAGCAGGGAGGAGGUCAGGUGAACGGAUCACGCUAGAACUGGUGCGACGGCUGCAACUCGAGAUGACUUGGUGGUGCCCCUGCGUUGCGCGUGCAGGAGACGGCUUGAAGGGAGGGCAGAAAAUGGGGAGGCAGCUGCCCGGUGAUGGAGCAGGAGGAGUGCGGGCGAACUCUGUGCUCGACGCCAUGGCUGCGGCUCGGGCGAGCUCGGGACUCGGGAGAAGGCAGGGGGACAAGGUCGGCGUCCAUGGCGGACAGAGGAAACCAGCGUAGUCGAGGCUGAGAGUCAGAGUGGUGCGGUGGGUCUGCGAGGAACGCCUGCCAGCGGCGGGUCGCUGGUCAAGGCGUCGGAUGGCGUCGGAUGGCGUCUCAAGGUUGCUCCACGGUGCAGCCAAUGGUGUCCUCCUGUGAUGAGAGCGGGUCUGCGUUGCGUUUUUUUGCUUUUGUUGUUGAGAAUCGGGUGCGUUGUGUGAGAAGAAGGGAACUUGCCCACAUGAUCGCCACUAAUAGCCGGGUGGGCUUUUGUGUACGCCAAAUGUGCCUUUGGCCUGAUGGCAAGGUAAGGGACUUGGUUGAUCUGUUGCUCACGGAAUAAAAGGAAAAAAAAGCUUUUGAAGCCGUGGUAAAAUUCUAUGAUAGUUUUGAGCUGCAAUAUUAGUUAGGUGAAGCCGUAGUAAAAUUCUAUGUUAUUUUUGUUUGGUUGUUCCUAUAUAUAUUGAUGAUCAGGCCUACUCCACUUAUUAAUAUUGGUUCGAUAAAUGUAACUGCAGCAUAUAAAUAACAAUGGAUUGUAGUGCAUUGUAUA